AUGGCGCUCGACGAAGCUACCUCGCCGACCGCCGACUCUCCCGUCGACGACUUCCAGAACUCACGCAAACAUGACGGCGGCAAGCCCCUGCCCACCGACUCCAUGGUCACCGUGCCCCUGUCGCCCACCGACGGCAACCCCGUCCAGAGCCUCGACGCCGUCGCCGUGCCCAAGCCCGAGAUCACCGUCAACAAGACGCGCGACAGCAGGAUAGGGGCCUCUGCCCCGAGCUUGAGCGACGUCGCAGAGCACGCCGGCGAAGAACAGAAAACCGCAUGUGAGAGCCCGGACGACGGCGCAGAGAAGACCAGGAGCAGACCAUCCACCAUCGGCCGUCGCUCGCGCAGCGGCAGCUCCGGCUCCGCCGACUCGGACGAGAAGGUCGAUUGGGAGCAGCUGGACAAGAAGGAAGAGCAGAUCGAGCAGGAUUCACGCUCCGACGAGAGCACCGCCCUCCUCCUCGCCCGGCUCGAGCAGGAGAACCAGGCCAUCGCCACCGACCCCAAGUCCGCCGCGUCCAAAGCCCGCUCGCGGAGCCAGUCGCGGCCGCCGUCGAUGAACCAGCUGAAGAAGAUGGUCGAGGACCAGAACAACUCCGAGAGCGUUCGCUUUUCCCUCCUCCCCUCGCCGCCGCCCAUGACGGAGCUCGAGUUCUGGGCCGCCCUCGUGCGCGACUACACCGGCACCGCCCAGCGCCUGCCCACCCUGACCUCCAACAAGAUCCGCGCCGGCAUCCCCGCACCUCUGCGUGGCGUGACGUGGGUCAGCAUGGCUGGCGCCCGCGACCGUGGCAUCGAGGAGCAGUACGAGCGCCUGUGCAACGAAUCGAGCCCGUACGAGAACAUGAUCGGCAAGGACAUCGGCCGGAGCUUUCCCGGCGUCGAGAUGUUCAGGGACCCCGAGGGCGAGGGCCAGAAGAUGCUCGGUCGCGUGCUCAAGUGCUUCAGCUUGUAUGACGACAAGAUCGGGUACUGCCAGGGUCUUGGCUUCCUCGUCGGGCCCCUUCUCAUGCAGAUGGGCGACAAGGAGGCCUUCUGCGUGCUGGUCCGCCUCAUGGAAGACUACGACCUCCGCUCCUGCUUCCUGCCCGACCUCUCCGGCCUGCACCUCCGCAUCUACCAGUUCCGCCGCCUGAUGAUGCAGCACAUCCCCGAGCUCUACGCCCAUCUCGAGACGAUGAACAUCGAAGCUGCCUACCUCUCGCAAUGGUUCUUGUCUUUCUUCGCCGUCACCUGCCCGCUUCCGAUGCUGUUCCGCAUCUACGACGUCAUCUUCGCCGAGGGCGCCUCUGAGACCAUCAUGCGUGUUGCGCUGGCCAUCAUGCGCAAGAACGAGUCGCGCCUCCUGGCCUUCACCGAGUUUGAGGAUGUCAUCCAGCUGCUUUUGUCGCGCUCGCUCUGGGAUCCCUAUGGCUGCAACCAGCAGUCGGCCGACGACCUUGUCAAUGACUUCUGCAGCUUCACCAGCGUCGUCACCCGCGAGCAUCUCCAAGCUCUCGAGUCCAGCUUCAGGGCGGAAUCCAGCGACGAGACCGUCUCCAGGGGCUUCUUCCCCGAAGUGCAGAGCGCGGCGCAGAGGUUCCUGGGCCGCAUCUGGGGCCCGGACAAGAGAAACACGACGGCGACGCUCAGCCCGCCUGCGGACAAGCCUUCGCGGCCCGUCAGCUUCAUGAAGCGCACGGCUUCCAAGCAGAGCAUCGCCUCGACUCUCAACUCGGUCGAGGCGGCAUCGGACAGCACAGGUAGAAGCCACAACAGCACGGCCACCGCCAUGACCGAGCUCACUAAUCGCGAAUCGACAGCCGACGCCAUGUCGGUCAAGUCCAUGAAGACAGGCAACGUUAGGCACACGAUGAUGUCGCACCACGACCGGGACCUGCACAGCCAGAUUGAGGACCUCCUGACCGCCCUCAGCGAGAUGCAGCGCGAGCACGCCAACCUGGCAGCCCAGCUGCAGAAGGAACGGGAGGACCGCCGCGAAGACCACCGCGUCGUCCGCGGCCUCGUCGAGCGCGUGAAGCAGGACAAGGGCAUCACCACCACGACCAAAGCGCAGCGCCGCCGCACCUCGCCCCUCAACAGCAUCGACGACCUCAAGAACAAGCGCAUGUCGACCCCGCCUUCGUUGACGUCCAACGAAGACUUCCAGGGCCUUGUCGAGAAGAUCGAAACCCGCUUCCCCGCCAAGGCGCAGCACAGCCGCAACUCGUCCGUCUUCGAGACCAAGCAGUACCUCCGCGAAUCCCUUGCCCGCUCCAAGGAGCAGCUCCACCUCGAGACGACGCGCUCGCAGUCGCUGUCCCGGCAGCUUCUGGACGCCGAAACCGAGACGUCAUCGCUACGCAACCAGCUGGACGAAACCCGCCAACGGCUGCAGGCGUCCAUGAUUGAGAAGCAGCGUCUCGAGCGCCACAUCCAGGACCUGAAGCUCGAAAACCAAAAGGCACGCAAGGCAUCGACGUGGUCGGGCUCCGAAUCCGACGUGCCCAGCCUCACCCGCUCCGACACGGCCGACUCGAUAUCCUCGUCCAACUCGAACAAGGGGCUCCGUGAGUUCAAGCUCGGACGCAGCAACACCAUGCGCACUCCCACCAAGACCCGCAACAGCUUCGGCCGCAUCGCGCCGACGCCCAACACAUCGGCCAUGGCGCCCACGCCGGGGCAGCGUAGCUCGACUCCGCACACGACGUCGGCGUCGCCCAUGUUCGCCAAACGCAGCUCGUCCCUCUCCGCACAUGCCGCUUUGACGUCGACGCCGCAGCCGGACCCGUCGAGCGACGAUGCUCUCCUUCUUGAGCUGGUCAACGCGAAGACGGCCGAGGCCGUUGCGCGCCAGGAGCUCGAGGAGCUUCGCGCGCGUUUCGAGAGCAUGCGCAAGAUGCUGGGCGUGGCCACGCCGAGCUCUUCGAGCGGCUCCACGAGCGGCCUCACGCCGCAAAAGUCGGCGACCAGCGAUGGUGGCUUCUUCACCUCAUCGUCCAAGCCGCCUGGUAGCUCUCACAGCACGGCGAGCACCAACGGCGGCGGCGGCGGCGGCUUCUGGGGCUGGGGAAAGAGGAGUGUGAGCACCACGGCCGCCGAGGCCAAGUAG